AUGGCUGUCGGCAGCUUCUAUUUUCCCAUUUCUGUUUACAGUUUUGGUUCUAAAGUUGUCGGUGCGCAGACCGGCAUUGUGUACAACAACGAGAUGGACGAUUUCUCCACGCCCAAUACAACCAACGGCUAUGGUAUACCCGCGUCCGAUUCCAACUUCAUCAAACACGGCAAGCGCCCCGUAUCGUCCAUGUGUCCGUCCAUCAUCGUCGAAGACGACGGCGACGUGUCUAUGGUUGUCGGAGCAUCCGGGGGAACUCGGAUUAUUACCAGCUCGGCACUGACUGUCAUAAGCGCUUUGUGGUUCAGUAAGCGGAUCAAGGCGGCCGUCGACUAUCCCAGAAUUCAUCACCAACUCGUUCCUAAAUCGCUCCGCGUAGAGGAGGGAUUCCCGCAGUAUAUACUCGACGGACUAAAGGCCAAAGGUCAUGACAUCAAGAUGUAUCCAACGGCUAAAAGUUUCGUUCAAGCUGUUCUACAGAAGGCGACUAAUAAGAUCACAGUUAACAGCGACUAUAGGAAAUACGGAAUACCAGACGGAUAUUAAACAUUUAGAGCUGCAAUGUCGUCUGUUCAUCCUGUGACGUCAUGAACUAAUGCGAAAUACAAAGUAUUCUUGCCCACUGAACAGGGUUAUCCAGCUUUUGCACGGUGCUAGAAAAAUCUGUCUGAUCCUAGGGCUAGAUAAAUCUGUCCGACCCGAGGGAUAGACGAUUUCUGCAUACGCGUGACGUCAUAACUCAUGUUUUACGACGAUUGACGUCAUAACUCAUUGUUUUCAAAAUUCUUUUUGACAUUUCACUUUGCAUCAUUGUUUUAAACAAAUAAAUAUUUUCAACUUUAUAUUUAUUGAUAAGCUGAACAUUACAUAUUUAUGUCGUUGCAUAAGGUGGACUAUAUUUUUCCGCGUAUGAUUA